UUAAGUCACUUCGAUUAUGGUCCGAAUAAAAUCUUGGCCAAAUAUGGUAAAUAUUUAAAUAACACCAAGCAGCAACAGUAUCCGAAUCUGCAUCAAAAUCAAAAUACGAAUCAUCAGCAUCAUCAGAUUCCGCAUCAGCAUCCGAAUCAUCAUAAUUUGUCUCGGGCCACAAGGAUUACUGGAUAUUCCAGCAGCCAAGACAGUGGCCGGGAUAGCGGCCGUGACAGCAGUGUUCGUGAGGUAAUGAGCAGUAGCAGUAAUCCGAACAAUGCCAGCAGUGAAGAUGAGAAUAUCAACAAACGUCAGCCGCAGCAGCAACAGCAACAGGAUGAGGAAGACAAUUUUUCAACAACGAGGAAUAAUGGUGGGGGAAGAGGAGGUGGACCCAGAGGGGGUGUGAUAGAAGAUAAUGGCAAUGCUGGCCACAUUAGUGCCGCCACAUCAUUCGAUAGUGAUUCAGCCCUAACUGAGGGCAGACAUUGUAAUUUGUUUAGUGAAAAGCAGGGUAGCCUCUGUAGCCGCUAUGAUGGCAAUCUGCAGCACCAUCCGAACCAGCCACCUCUGGCACAUGCUAAACAACUGCGAAUUAAUUCGUCUAAUAGAAUGGCCAAUGAUGGUGGAGCUUUGCAUAAAACCUCAAUAGCAGCCAUAAGUGGGGGUGGCGGAACUUCUGGCAGUGGCUCCGGCUUAGGCUACCUUGAUAAAUCCGGCAUGGAGGCAACUACAUUAGGCUCUCGAACUUCAUUACAUCAUAACAUUUAUACAAACGACACAUAUGAGAGUCGUUAUGUUAACGAGCAGCACUCCCAGCACCUCUCACACCUCCCGAACCAUCAUCACCACCACCAUCAGAACACCAGCAUAUCAGCCUCAUCCACCUUCCUACUCGACGAUGGCAGUGAAUUGGAAAUGGAUGCUGAAAUUGCUGGUGGCCAGCAGAAAACCUAUUUGGUGCCACUGGAUAUACCCACACCACCGCCACAGCCACAUAUGCCGCAUGGCAGGGCCACAACAACACAGACAUCCAUGUGUCAGUGCGAUACGGCAGUGGCGAACAAUGGUUCGGCACUUUGCCAUCAUCAGCAACAUUUUCAGCAGGUAGCUCAACACAGGGCCACAACUCAUCAGCAUCAGCAUACCGUAACUCCGAACACCCCGAAUCGCAUGCCAUCAUCAUCCUCCACACAACUACAUCAGGUCAGCAUGAUGGAAAUACCAUUGGCCAAUGGUUUAAGCCAUCAUCAUCAACCGCAGCAUCCACAUCAUCGGCAUCAUCACUCUAGUGUUGCAGGUUCACUUCUUAAUUAUAAAUUACAUGAUCCACAGCUGCAGCAAUUCACAACCGGCUCGCCGCAUUAUCAACACGAUGACCAGCUGGAUUUUGGCCAUCAUCCGCAUCCUCAGCAUCACCAUAAAUUGCCACUGCAAAAAAGUUUCAGCAAAUUGCAGCUGCACCAAAAACAACAACAAUUACAAAAUUUAGUCUUUCCCCAGCUAUCACCGUAUCACAGCGGUAGUGAGCGGAACUCCUCAUCGGCUUUUCAUCAAAUGGAUGGUAAAAAUUAUGCCAAAAAGAAAACAACACAACAACAACAACAUGGUACUUGGUAUGGUAUCAGCUUAAAAAAUCGCCACAGCAAUUGCAAUAAACCAACAUUCCCGGUUUACGUGACGCGUUUGAAUAAUGACCACCACCACUAUCGUCAUCAUCACCGCCACUUGACUUGUCACUUUGAGUUUGACGACAAGCUUGAUGAAGUUGAUGAUGACUAUGACCACAACAGCAACAACAAUAUUCAUGAUGAGUUUCUUUAUGAUCAUGAUGAUAUCUUUUACGAUUACGUUGACAAGAAACCACAUUUUUGUUGUUUUUGCUGUUUAACGAAAGUUGACGGCUUCGUCAAUGUGGUGCAGACCAAAAUUUUGUAA